AUGGAGCAAAUGGUGCGCUCGGGCAAAGCACGCGCAAUCGGUGUGUCAAACUUCACAAUCGCACAACUCGACAGGCUCCUUUCUUUCGCAGAGAUCAAGCCAGUGUGCAAUCAGGUUGAGGCGCAUCCCUGGCUCCCACAGACUGAGCUUCUCGACUACUGCAAGCGAAAAGAAAUUGUCUUGGUUGCAUAUUCCCCACUCGGGACUCAACCUGGAGGUUGGCACACCAGAGACGCCAUAUUGCUUGAUGAUGACGACGUGGUGGAAGUUGCGAAGAAGAACAGGGUCGAACCCGCCCAGGUUUUGAUCGCAUGGGCUUUGCAACGAGGGACUAUCCCCAUACCCAAGUCCUCAACCCCUAGUCGCAUUGCUUCGAAUAUCAAUGGUAAGCAUUUAUAG